AUGAUAUUUUUAUUAUGCAUCUCAUCUGUUUUAGCUAGCUUUAAUACUUAAUAUGUUACUGAUUAAAUGGAAAUCUAACAUACUAAUUUGAAUAGUUCCAGGACUUACUUAUUAUCAUUGAUAAUAACACAGUACCCAAAAAAUAAUUAUUGCUUACCUCUGCUUUAAGUGAUCAUGAAUAACUAAAUUUAUAAUGAUUCAUAGGCAUAUUCUGUUAGGGCGAAUGUUCAAAAAGUUUAUAUUAAUGGAACUGAAAGUGUCAUUAUCAAAGUAAACUGUAAUGUGUUGGAGUACUUUCAAAAUCAAAAAAACAUCAAUAAAACUAUGCAUUUUAAUUUGACUCUUAAUGAUGCUGUAAAUCUAAUUUCAAAUAUUAGAAAUAACAUUCUUCAAUUUUAUGUUAAUUCCCCCAUUAUGGUUAAAACUGCAGUCUUUCAAUUUUGCAAAUCUAAAAGGAAUUUUCUGUGACAAUCUUAAUUCUAAACAGUACUUGGUUGUAUGCUUACGCAAUACUUGAUAAUAAUGAUUAUGAAGUAAUUUCUAUCUAGGUAUUGCUAGAUUAUAGUCUAAAAUGGAGAAUCCUUAUUUGGUGUCUCCAUAGUUUCAAUUAACAAACUAAAUGUUACUGUCCUUCCGUCAUUUUUAUAAAAUUUUGUAGUUUUGGAAUAAACUGAUGAAGAAAAGGAAAUCUAAAUAUCUAGAACUGAAGAUGAUUAGGAUAAUGUCUACGUCAUUGGUUUGUUCAAUUUCAAUUCAACUUAAAUUCAAGAAAUCACUAUCACGCUUACGUAUAUACCUAAUUACAAAUUAGAGCUGGAUUUAAGAGUGAAGAAUUUCCUUUUUGGGUUACAAUGCUUUUGAUAUCUAUAAUAGUUUUUGGUAUGCUCCUAUUGUUGAUAAUACUACUUCUUUUUAGACGAUAAUACAAAAAAUUAACUUAGAUUAAACCAGCUUUGGAUAAAAAAGUGAUAAUGAAAUAUAUGCCUCCAUAAAAGGCUGAUUCCAAAAUGAUUAAAGAUACAUGUUCAAUUUGUUUGGUUUAAUUUGAAUUAAAAGAUAAAUUUUGCCAAACUCCUUGCAGACAUGUUUUUCAUGAAUAAUGCUUAGUAGAUUGGUAUUAAACAAAUUUUCUAUAUAAGGACAACAAAGUAAGCCAAUUGUCCAGUUUGUAGACAAGGUUUGCUUGAAAAGGAAAUAAAUGAAUUAAUGGAGAUCAAGAACAACAGAAAUCGAAAAGUCAAAGACUUAAAUAUAGAGGAAGCUCUGAAAUCUAAGGAUGAUGCACAAUCACAAACUUAUAGGAAUUUUCCUUUACUUUAAUUAUCAUCCUCUCCUUUUCGUACUUAGUUGAAAAUCGAACUGGAUUGCUCUCCUUAGGCAGAACAUUCACCACCCAUACUUUAAUUUGAAGGGUCUCCAGAGAAUUUGACAAAUAGAAACCUAUGUUUUUAAUCAGAUGGCAUUGUAGAAUCAUAAAAUUGA